AAAUAUUAACGAAGUUUAUAAAUAACUAUAUGAUUUUAAAAACAAAUAUUAUUUCAACGCAUGAAUAGGGUUCACAAAAUUACUUUUGCAUAUUGCGUUUUUCGUUUCGAAUGUACACGACGAAUAGUUCAUACGGUAACCAGAAAACGAAUAGCGACGUAAAAGGAAAACACACAACAAAAAAUAACGUUUUGCGUAAUUUUUGGGUCAAACUUUGUUAUUGGGGAGAAUUGUGACGUCACAAGAGGAGUAUUUGCGUCAAACUGCAUCUGCCAACCGUAUCUAAGACAGAACUCUGAUACUUCGCAGAAAAGCGCAAGCAAUUAAUCCUCUAAUGAUAAACGCUUCUCGAAAACUCUAUAUCAUUUUGAAACGUGGGUGAUAUGGCAUCAUGUGCCUUUCCUUGUGCAAUCACCGCCGAACGAAUAUGGAAUCCCAAUCUAACGCAACGCUCUCUUUUCUGGGACGAGCCAACGACUCGUGGACAAAUUAAAGACAUCAAACUGGAUGACGAAGACAGUAAGAUACUGGACUUCAGCCGCCUCGAAACUGACAUACUCCGAAACGUACUAGACGAAGAAGGCGAGCGAACUGAGCCGAACCGAUGUGAAAACGUGAUGGAGAAUUUCCCAUCAUUUAAUUACGUACCUAUACCGAUUCCACAUACAUUUACCAAACUUAACCCAAUCUUAAAAUUAUGUUCGAUCGAGAGCAUGAGGUCUCCGAUAUCCAUGCACGACCAUCAGGUUCGCGAUGUUCAAAAUAUGGUCCGCAAGAAUUUCAACAAAACUCAAUGCAUGGUAACGUCAGGCUCUCUCGAACAACAACAACACGCUUCUUCAGCAGCGAGGGCUAACGAAUUGCUUAAACAAUUAACACUGCCGAAAAUGGUCCCGACUAGUUCGGUUUCAAAUUACAAUUCAUCACUCAUUCAUAUCCUGGGAAACGCACACCUGCCGAAGAUUGACGAUAUCGCUGCAAACAACGCACAAGCAGCAGCAGAAGCGCAAAAAGCUACCUUGGGGUCGCCGUACCAGCAGCUACUCGAAAAUCGAUCGCCGGGGAGUUUUGGCGGUCCCGUGGAAUCGACGUACGCCAUUGGCACCGCCACGCCAUCAGUUUUGAGGCAAGCUGCUUUGCGACCGAACGGGAAGGCCCCUUAUAUGCCUCGUGCAAAACCAAGCUACCUGGACCCUACUGCUCUGACCACCCAAGUACCGCAAGCCUGCCCAAAGCAGAAGUUGACACCAAUACAGAAACACAUUCUAAUCCCUCGGGUCCAAGGCCACCGGUUCGCGGGCAAUAACAACCAGCAUUGUGGAGAUAGCGAUUCGUCACGGGGCAACGGUGGUUUUAGACGACGACUCGCACCUCGUCUCGCUGCCAAACAUAACCAGAAAUACAAGUCGCCGGUGGUGUCCAAACCAGAAGCCAAAACCUUCGCCCAGAUCGUCGCCGAAACACGCCCGGAGGCCAACGCACGGAACUAACUUCAUUCUGCAGGAACCUUACUUUACAUUGAGAGGAAUAUGCUGGCUUUCUUUGGCCAUGGAUUACUUUAUGUCAAUUUAGAUUAUUCAUUUUUAAAUCUAUUUUCUAUCAUUUCUACGUCUAUAUGUUUUCCGUGUUGAUUUCCAAUUUUGGCGAGCAGUAUCUAGUAUAUGCAUUUUACAAUAAAGCACCCUGACAUUCUA